AUGCGCUUUUUUCUCGGUGCCGAACGCGGAUGGCUAUCGAAAGCCAAGUUUGCCAAGCUUAUGGAUGACUACGUUGCGAAUCCCAGGCCUAGUGAUCCAAAGAUGACGUCCACCACCAACGUACGAAAAAGUGAUAAGACAUUCAUAACCCUCAAGAUGUACAAGGAUAUGAAGCGAGUGCUUGAGGGAAAACAACCCACUGGAUCACACGAGGCAAAUUUCCAGUGGUGGGUACGUAACACGUUCAACCUCAAGGUCCUUCCUGGUGGCACAACUUGCAUCGUUCGUAAGGAGGGCAAUAGAAAUGCUGGCAAGUACAUCGCGAUCAAGGAACACCUUUACGACAUGAUUGCAAGUGCACAUGAGCAAACAUGUCAUGGACGAAGAGAUGCCAUGAAGUUCAAGGUAUUUCAAGGACUACUGUAUUGCCCUUCAAGAUUUGUCAAGGAUGUAAUCGAUCAUUGUAGCACUUGUGCACGUACCCAGCCAAAGAAGCAGAUCAAGACUUCGGCACGAGCUAUCCAUGUGGAAUCUUUCCUCUCAAAGCUUCAGAUGGAUCUUGUUGACUUUGGUGGCAAAACGACUCCUACGGGUGAUAUGAGAUACAUCCUCCACGUGAAGGACCACCGGACCAAGUACUCGUGGGCGUAUCCACUUCUAUACAAGUUAGCUAGCGAAGUUGGUAAGAAGUUGCAUGCUCUCUUUUGCGAGGUUGGCCCACCCGAUGAACUUCAGAGCGACAAUGGCGGUGAAUUCACUGCAGACCACAUGCAUUGGACUGAUGGUCUUCCGGAGGUGGUUUAUUCGAUGAAUACUACGUAUUCAUCGCCCAUCAACACUACCCCGUAUCGUUUGGUAUAUGGACAAGCCCCACGCUCUGAAUUCGCAUCCGUUAUCGAUUACGCUGCAAAAGCGGAAGCUAUCAUCGCAAUGGCUGAUCCUGAAGGUAUCUUCGAAAUGGAUGAUCCUGAAGACAUAAACGUGGAUGCCGCCAAUGAGGGUGAAGGUGAAUCAGAUCAACAAGACCCACAUCAAGAUUGCCAUGAAGAUCACGCUGACAUGGACGUCGAGGAAAGUCCACAACAAGAUUAUCAUGAGGAUGGAGAUGGCGAGUCGCCCAUUGAAUCUGACAAUGGUCUUGAGGAUUACAUUGAUUAUUUGUAUGAUCACAACCACGUUAAAUCCCCUCGAUUUUCAACUUUGAGAUUCUCAGCCUUUUCCC